UGGCCGCCGUCGCCAGCCGUUGUUCUGUCGGCCGGACUGUGGCCUUGUAGCGGUCGUGUACUUCUUCUUCUUCUUCUCUUGUGAUGAAUGAGGCACAAACCGUCAUUUUUGGCUCCAAGCAGCUGUUUAUUCUGGUAACAACAGGAUGAUAUUAUGUCUCCUACAGCCAACUUUAUAUUAACAAACUCCAGAAUUCAUUAUUAACAAGUCUAACAAACAUUAAUAGUAAAUUACAUAAUAUUACAACAUGGAAGUGACUAAAAUAAAUUAGAUUUACAGUAAUUACAGCAAGUAAUGGAAAGUGGAAUCAUUAACGCUGCAAAUCUGUUCACAUUUUUCCUCUCAACACUCUGUAUUUGCUUAAAUUAUUGAAACAUGAACAUGAGUUUUCAUUUCCAAACAUUUUUUAGUAUUUAUUCUUUAGUGUUUCACCCAAUUUAUGAGAAAUACAAUUCAUUUUCAGUGUUGCAGAUCUUUAUAGUUUCAGAGGAAAACACAUUUCUAACCUGGUAAUAUCCUGAUAUGACAGAUGUAAGAAAAAAAUCAAUCUAUUUAUUACAUAUUCAAAACGAUUGUAAAUUCGACUGUAAUAAUGAAAAGGGUGUAAUUUAUACUGUAUAAUAAGUAUUGCUGUGUGGAAUAUUGAAACAUUAAAUAUUUGUUUGAUCUGCACUAAAACAUGUAAAUUAUGCAUUUUUAACGCAUAAUAUAAUCAGACAUUUGCAAUUUAAAAGAAUUGUAACCAAAAUAUGUAAUGAGCAGGACAGUUUUACAGUGUAAAUAUACGUUUGUCAGCACUGUUUGUGGUGGUGUUUCCCAACCUUGAAACACUACAGUACAAUAUGUAUAACAAAACCAUCUAAAUUUGUAGGUCUUCAUAUUAGAAUAGAAGAAUUUUUAAACCACAUCUCACUGACUUUGUGUGAAUUACUUUACACAUAUUUUUGGCAUUUCUGUAAUUGAUUAUUUCUCGUAGGAUAUGACAAGCUGAAGUCGAGCAUGAUAUCGAACAUGUCUGUGUUCUGGCUCUAGUCGAUCCUUCGUUAUGGCUGACAAUAAAUUCACAAUAUAUCAAAUAUUCAGCAUUCAUCAUCACAAUACGAAAUUCUAACAUAGAGUUACACAUCAUGGUGUUCAUAGGAAACCAUGGUGAAAAAGACAAACUUGCAUUUGAUUUUUCUCUGAAUCUUUUGGGUUUUUUUCUUAAUACCUUUAUUUUUUUUCCUUUCCAGAUCUGUAAAGAUACACUUCCUGAUUGUAUUAUAGCAGCCAACAGUGCUCAUAAUUCUCUGUUCAUGUUUUAAAACUCAACACGGUUCAUAACUGUAGAGGCGUUUUUGAAUUUUGUGCACUGUUGGCGUUCUAACAAAUCAGGGAGGUACCUUUAAAUCACCACAGUAUUUUCUAUUUUCAGACUUUGUUAUGUUUGUCUUCUUUUGUUGUAUGUUGAAAACCACCACACUGCCCCCUGCAGGCUGUUAACCGAGUUUAUCAAAGUAGGGAACCUGCAGGCGCUGAGAACCUUUAGAGUGCUGAGAGCCCUGAAAACUAUCUCAGUCAUCCCAGGUAAGGCCUCACCACCACCAGGGGGCGACAAGGGAGAGAAAAAAAAAACAAAACACUCGUCAUCGUAACGUCGUCGUAAACGUCCUCUCUUGUCCGUCCCAUGUCUGCCGUGUCUUGCAGCACCAGCACCAGCCCCCCGCCACUUCCUACUUUCUGCCCAAUCAGGGGUCACAGGUGUAAUCACCUGGUCUGCAUUAAAGAAACAGUAAAGAAGGAAAAAUAUGUGACUGAGUUUGUGGACCUGGGUAAUGUGUCAGCCUUAAGGACGUUCAGGGUGCUGCGAGCGCUCAAAACCAUCUCUGUCAUCCCAGGCCUGAAGACCAUCGUCGGCGCUCUGAUCCAGUCGGUGAAGAAGCUCGCCGACGUGAUGAUCCUCACCGUCUUCUGUCUGAGCGUCUUCGCUCUCAUCGGCCUGCAGCUCUUCAUGGGGAACCUGCGGCAGAAAUGCGUCCGCAGCACGGCGCACUGCGUCAACGGCACCCUGCCGGCCAACACCACCUUCUACUGCAACAACAAGACCUGGGCCUCCCUGAAGGACUUCAACAACGACGAGGAUAACUUCUACAAGGUGGAGGGAGCCAAGGAUGCCUUAAUCUGUGGGAACAGCAGCGACGCAGGAAAGUGUCCAGAUGGGUUCGAGUGUCUGAAGACGGGGAGGAACCCAAACUACGGCUACACCAGUUUCGACACCUUUGGGUGGGCCUUCCUGUCCCUGUUUCGCCUGAUGACUCAAGACUACUGGGAAAACCUCUACCACCAGACGCUGCGUUCGGCCGGUAAGACCUACAUGGUGUUUUUCGUGGUGGUGAUCUUCUUGGGUUCCUUCUACCUGGUCAACCUCAUCCUGGCCGUGGUCGCCAUGGCGUACGAGGAGCAGAACCAGGCGACCAUCGCGGAGGCCUGCCAGAAAGAAAAAGAGUUCCAGCAGGCCAUGGAGAGGCUCAAGAAAGAGCAACAGGUUUCCACGCACAAGGUUGUCGACUCGGACUCCAUGAUGUCACCAGAUCUCUCGCCCUUCGGCCUGCCGUUGGACAGCAUGGAGGAGCGAAGCCGGAGUCAAGCACUGAUGGGAGUGGCCGACGUCGAGGCGAACCUAUCGGAGGAAAAGCUGCUGCAGGUGGACAUGACGGACGGGGGAAAGCCCCUCCACCCUCUCCUCGCUCGCUCCUUCUCUACCAGGACUCGGCGAAGCAGUCAGGUCUCCUCCAUCUUCAACUUCCGGUUGAGGAGCCGGGGGUCGGAGGGAGAGAUGGCGGACGACGAGUACAGCGUCCCGGGCGACGUGGUGGAGGGCGUCGGGGGCCGAACCUACAGCGGUGGGACCUUCAGUGGCAUCAUGCCCCAACCAUGGCCCAAACGACGACCCAGCACCUACAGCAACACCAGCAGGAGCUCCCAGGUAUUUUAUCCGACUCUCAACGUCAACGGGAAGCUGUUCGUUGCCAUGGACCAGAACGGGGUUUCUCCACCGCCGCUGCAGGGGCAGCUGCCUGCCUGCACCAUGGAGAAGGUCAAGGAGGAGAGUGUCCCGACCUCCACCACGGAGCUCAGCACGAUGCUGUUACCUCGGCCCUCCUCCACGCAGGACUCGGAGCGGAGGGGGAGGGCGCUCAGCGCUGCCAGCUACCUCACGGACGCCAUGGAGGAACUGGAGGAAGCUCAUAAGAAGUGUCACCCGUGCUGGUACGUCUUCGCCCACCGCUACCUGGUGUGGGAGUGCAGCCCCUCCUGGCUGAGGGUGAAGCAGCUGGUGAAGAUCAUGGUGAUGGACCCUUUCCUGGACCUCGCCAUCACCGUCUGCAUCGUCCUCAACACGCUCUUCAUGGCCAUGGAGCAUUACCCAAUGACAGACGAGUUCAACGGCAUGCUGAGCAUCGGAAACCUGGUGUUCUCGGGGAUCUUCACAGCAGAGAUGGUGUUGAAGAUCAUCGCUCUGGAUCCGUAUUAUUACUUCCAGACCGGCUGGAACAUCUUCGACAGCAUCAUCGUCUGCCUCAGCCUCAUGGAGCUCGGCCUGUCCGAUGUGGAGGGACUCAGCGUGUUACGCUCCUUCAGACUGCUGCGUGUUUUCAAGCUCGCUCGCUCGUGGCCGACCCUCAACACCCUGAUCAAGAUCAUCGGGAACUCCAUGGGCGCUCUGGGCAACCUGACGCUCGUCCUCGCCAUCAUCGUCUUCAUCUUCGCUGUGGUCGGCAUGCAGCUGUUUGGAAAGAACUACCAGGACUGCGUGUGUAAGAUCUCGAAGGACUGCACUCUUCCUCGCUGGCACAUGAAGGACUUCUUCCACUCCUUCCUCAUCGUCUUCAGGGUGCUGUGCGGCGAGUGGAUAGAGACCAUGUGGGACUGCAUGGAGGUGGCGGGUCAGCCCCUCUGCAUCCUCGUCUUCAUGCUGGUCAUGGUCAUCGGAAACCUGGUGCUGUUGAACCUCUUCCUGGCUCUGCUCCUCAGCAGCUUCAGCUCGGACAACCUGUCGGCUCCGGACGACGACGGAGAAAUGAACAACCUGCAAAUCGCCAUCCACAGGAUCACCAGAGGCCUCGCCUGGUGCCGCAGACAGGUGGUGGAUUUCUUCAACGGGAAUCUGAAGCGUCGUCGUCAGAAGCGAAAGGAGGCGAAAGCCAUGAUGAAACUCAAACGUCUGAGCACCAUCCACACCGAGGCCAACGGAGCCGUCAUAGGUCGUCACGUAGAGAAGUACGUGGUGCCGGAGGACGACAGCUACAUGACGAACCCCAACCUGACCAUCAGCGUCCCCAUCGCCCCCGGAGAGUCGGAUGUGGAGUUUCCAGAGGAGGAAGAGGAGGAGGAGGAGGAUGGGGAGGAGGACCAGAGUGAGGACUCUGAGGAAGAAGAGGAGGAGGAGCAGGAGGAGCAGAAAGACGACAUCAGCCUAUCGGAGGGUAGCACGGUGGACCUGAGGAAGCCAGGAGAGGAAGAGGAUGAGUACUCAGAGAUGGCUGAAGAGGCCAUGGACCCCGACAACUGCUUCCCCGACUUUUGUGUAGCCAGGUUUCAGUGCUGUGACAUCGAUACGACGGUGGGUCUCGCUCAGAUCUGGUGGAGGUUGAGGAAGACCUGUUUCCAGAUCGUAGAGCACAGCUGGUUCGAGUCCUUCAUCAUCUUCAUGAUCCUCCUCAGCUCCGGAGCACUGGCCUUCGAGGACAUCUACAUCGAGCAGCGGAGGGUGGUCAAGGUGGUGCUGGAGUACGCCGACAAGAUCUUCACCUACAUCUUCAUUCUGGAGAUGCUGCUUAAGUGGCUCGCGUACGGCUUCAAGAAGUACUUCACCAACUACUGGUGCUGGCUCGACUUCCUCAUCGUCGAUGUGUCGUUGGUCAGUUUGGUGGCCAACACGUUGGGUUAUUCAGACUUUGCAGCCAUCAAAUCCCUGCGGACGCUGCGGGCCCUGCGGCCCCUCAGAGCCCUCUCCAGAUUUGAAGGCAUGAGGGUGGUGGUAAACGCUCUGAUCGGGGCGAUUCCCUCCAUCAUGAACGUGCUGCUGGUCUGUCUCAUCUUCUGGCUCAUCUUCAGCAUCAUGGGCGUCAACCUGUUCGCCGGGAAGUUCGGCCGCUGCGUCAACCGCACGGGUCACAUCUACGAGGCCGCCUUCAUCAACAACAAGACCGAGUGCGAGGCGCUCAACGACACCUCGCUGUUCUACUGGACCAAAGUCAAGGUCAACUUCGACAACGUGGGCGCCGGAUACCUGGCUCUGCUGCAAGUGGCAACAUUUAAAGGCUGGAUGGAUAUCAUGUAUGCAGCGGUGGACUCACGAGCUGUGGAGGAGCAGCCUAUCAAAGAGAUUAACCUUUACAUGUACCUGUACUUCGUCAUCUUCAUCAUCUUCGGCUCCUUCUUCACCCUCAACCUCUUCAUCGGUGUCAUCAUCGACAACUUCAACCAGCAGAAGCGAAAGUUAGGAGGACAGGACAUCUUCAUGACGGAGGAGCAGAAGAAAUAUUACAACGCCAUGAAGAAACUGGGCUCCAAGAAACCUCAGAAGCCAAUCCCCAGACCUCUGAACUCGCUGCAGGGCUUCUUCUUCGACCUGGUGGGGAAGCAGGUGUUCGACAUCCUCAUCAUGGUGCUGAUCCUCUUCAACAUGAUCACCAUGAUGGUGGAGACGGACGAGCAGUCUCCUCAGAUGGAGUACAUCCUGAACAACGUCAACCUGGCCUUCAUCAUCGUCUUCACCAUGGAGUGCCUCAUCAAGAUCGUGGCGUUGCGCUGCUACUUCUUCACCGUCGGCUGGAACAUCUUCGACUUCGUGGUCGUCAUUCUCUCCAUCGUCGGUAUCGUGCUUGCCGACAUCAUCGAGAAGUACUUUGUGUCACCAACGCUGUUCCGAGUGAUCCGAUUGGCCCGAAUCGGACGCAUCCUACGUCUCAUCAGAGGCGCCAAGGGCAUCCGGACGUUACUGUUCGCCCUCAUGAUGUCGCUCCCCGCCCUCUUCAACAUCGGGCUCCUUCUCUUCCUGGUCAUGUUCAUCUACGCCAUCUUCGGCAUGGCCAACUUCGCUUACGUGAAGCGGCAGGCGGGGAUCGACGACAUGUUCAACUUUGAGACGUUUGGGAACAGCAUGAUCUGUUUGUUCCAGAUCACCACGUCGGCGGGCUGGGACAGUCUGCUCAGCCCCAUCCUCAACAACUCCCCCGAGGAGUGCAACCCCAACAUCCCCCACACCGGCACCACCGUCCGGGGGAACUGCGGGAACCCGUCGGUGGGCAUCACCUUCUUCGUCACCUACAUCAUCAUCUCCUUCCUCAUCGUGGUGAACAUGUACAUCGCCAUCAUCCUGGAGAACUUCAGCGUGGCUACAGAGGAGAGCACCGAGCCGCUGAGCGAGGACGACUUUGAGAUGUUCUACGAGGUUUGGGAGAAGUUUGACCCGGAGGCCACGCAGUUCAUCGAGUACGCCAAACUGUCCGACUUUGCAGACUCGCUGUCGGAGCCGCUGCGUAUCGGAAAGCCUAACAAGAUCAAACUGAUCUCCAUGGACCUGCCAAUGGUCAGUGGGGAUAAGAUCCACUGCCUGGACAUCCUCUUCGCCUUCACCAAGCGCGUCCUGGGUGAGUCGGGCGAAAUGGAUGCCCUCAAGCAGCAGAUGGAGGAGAAGUUCAUGAUGGCCAACCCGUCCAAGAUCUCCUACGAGCCGAUCACGACGACUCUGAGGCGCAAACAGGAAGAAGUCUCCGCCACAGUGAUCCAGAGGUGUUACCGCAGACACCUGGUGAGGCGGCAGAUGAAGGCCGCCUCCUACUUGUACCGCCAGAUCACCACACCUCGGCAUGCGGGAGGUGACGGUGAGGAAGGCGGCGAGGGAGUGUUUGGGGAGGAUGCGCCCGAGAAAGAAGGGUUGAUCGCCGCCAUGAUGAGGGAGAACUACGGCUCAAGUUUGUUAGGGAUGGAGCGCUCCGAGACGAUUUCCUCCACCUCGUCCCCGCCGUCCUACGACAGCGUGACGCGGGCCACGUCGGAGAUCUUUCACCCGCUCGCUGUCAAGACAGAAACAGUCGCUGUUGACACCGCAGGCAGUGAACCAAGCGAACAAUCGGCUUCAGUGGUCGACUCUGACAGACAGCAGGAAACGGUACCAUAGCUGGAACCGAGAAGCAAAAAAUUUUACAAAUGAGGGUUUCCUCGUUUUGGGUUAAGCCUGUUUGUCCUUUUGUUUACUGAAUGUACCAUAGCUGAGGAUCGCUGAGGAGGCGGCAGAGAGAAGCUAUGAGUGAGAAACUGCCGGAGGAGUCGAGAGAAAGAGCAAACAAAGUGGAAUAUUUACUACCUUUAAUGUUAUUUCCUGUUCCCUGUGGAGAUUCCUGGACUCAGCAGCGUUUUUUUGGAGUUUCUUAAAGGGAAGGAGAAAAUCUGCAAAGACAGAGCGGGAGAACCCGUCUGUCUUUGUCGGAGUAAAAGACAGACGCGAAGAGAAGAACCACCUCUGGAUCCCUUUGACCUUUUGGGUUUCUCGUGUCGACCGGAGUCGAGGGUUCGGAACACUGACUGACCUUUGACCUCAACUACAAGGGGGUCAGAACAACUAUAUCACAGAUGUAUCCAUCAUUUAUUGGCCUGGGGGGUUUGUGCCUUCCCACAGUUGAUCAAUAUUCUCAGAGUAUGCCUGGCUGUAAGAGUGACGGUGUUCCUGGUGGUGUUUCUCGACACAUAAACAGUCGACGGCUUUCUGACUGACUUGAGACUCGAGAGAGGAGGGAAAAUAACAACAACGUGGUUUAAAUAAUGUUUUCGUAGUAAAAGUAUAACUUUGUUGAUGUUACCAGUCUUUUAAUAGCGGUACGAUUAUUACUAUUUUUUAUAUUUUUUAGAGUAAGUUGAAGAAAAAAAAAUAAGCAGUCUCUCUCUUUCGACUUCGGAGCGGCACUAGCUAUGAAGUGGCUGAACUACCACGUUGUGAUAGAUGAGAGGAGAGGGUGCGGUCAGGAAAAAAAAAAACAACAAAAAAACAACCUGAAAAAGCAACUUCAUCUGUUUUUGUUGGCAGUUUUUGCACUUUUGGGUUUACAUGUGCUGUCACUUUACCGCAUUUGGGCAAAGACACAUUAAAAAAAGAGCCUGGGAUUUAUUUAUUUUUCCUCUGAAAAACCUUUUAAAACAACACCAAAAAAACUAAUUCAAGUGCACAAUGAGAUUUUCUACAUGAUCCCAGACUCUUCCAGCAUGUUUUUUUGCCCACGUGGUGAACAUCCUCAUGUCCGUCAGUUCUUUGGCCGGUGGGUGAUUUGUCUAAAAGUCCUUCCCUUUGCUUUUCGAACAAACAGAAGACUCCUGCUUCCUGCUUUGUUACUACAUCGCAUGAGGAGACGAUUGGAGAUUAUUGGCUUGAAGUCAAAGCUGAUCGAUCAUUGAUGGAUGAUGGAUGAUUUGGCAAGAAUAAAAGGUUUAGAUAUUUUGUCCAAAGUUGCAUGAAACUCUCUCUGAAUUUUUGGGUAAUAUCCUUAAAAAAAACCCAGACAAUGACGACAUCUAUUCACGAAACAACUUUCAUAUCAUAAAACCCUGAAGGCAACAACACCUCAGGUUAAUUUAAGGACCAGACUGCUGGUUUCAGACAAGCAUGUCUCAUGGAAAUAUGUUUAAGCGUUCAACAAACCAUCAGUCUUUGCAUUUUAGCAAUUGAACAGUAGAAGAAAUAUGAUCAUUCAAGACUCGACGCUCAUGUUUUUAGGGUUUUUAAAGGCGUGAAUAAAGUAGUUCCUCAGAUUCAAUGUUAUGAGUUGUACAUUGUCGACUUUUACAAAUCACCCUCAGUCAUUAACUAUCCGUCUGGUCGGUGUUUGUCGCGGCACUCACAAAGGAUCUUAAACUAAAUUCUCUUUGCUUCAUUCGAGGAAAAAACAGAACAUGAGAUCUUUGUGGUGUCGACCAGCUCGGACCGGAGUGCGACAAUCAGAUCAGCACAUCAGCAUCAGGAUUUCACCUGCUUUAGUUUUAGUUUUAGUUUGAUCCAUCAGUGUCCUGGAAAAAAACUCUAAACUCAUGAGAUUAGCAUUUCUCCGGUUUUCAGUGACGUGAUACACAUUUCAGACUUGUUUUUAAGGACAGAUAGUUUGCUAAAUUAACCGGUUUGUUCACAUAGGGUCAUUUGUUUUUGUAGUGACUGCAUCAAGCAGCUUUGAUGAAGUUUUAUCAUGUUUUAGGAGAUUUUAUAGUCAAGAACAAGCAGAUAUCAAAGUUCUCUUCAUCCAGAACAAGCUGUAAGUAUCUGGCCAACAGCAGUUUGAAAUAUUUUCUCCCAGCCUUCUUCAACGUAAGAUUAGACCAUUAGCCACUUAAAGGAUCAGUCUGGUGUUAUUCUAUAUUUUUCUUAUUAUCAACAAAUCACAAACAUAUAGUCUCAGUAAUUCCCUAAAACAGUUGACUGCUGUAGUUUUUAGCAGACGGUAUUCAAAUAGGAGGAAAAACUAUAUUUAUUUUCAGCAGUGGAUGAAUCCAUGUUUCUUGCUAUCAUUGAUUUGGGUAUUUUUAGAGAAUUUGUUGACAAUAAGAACAAUUAUCAGCAGAUUUAUCCUUGAAGUAUGAUGUCAUUUUACAGGAAACACUGACAGUCGAACAAAAUAUACAAACUACCUGUCGCAGGUUUUUCCAGGAUACUGAUGCAAAGAUGCUAAAAGCUUUUCUGCUUCCCGUUUCCAUCAAACGAUUUGAAGAGUUUCAUUUCAAACACGGGGAAAUAAAUUGGUAAAUUGUGAUUGGUUGUUUUUUAAAACUCAAAAAUGAAUUUGAUGGUUCAAACAAUCUGCAGGUUAACCCAAAGUUUAUGUGUCCAUAUUUUAAAGAAUGGAAACAGUUAUGUAGUUAUAUUUUUGCCUUUUACAGUAACUUAACGUAUUAAAAUCAAAAAUUCAGUACAAAUCAAAUUUAGCAGCAAGUAUCUAAUUUUUCCCCCCGACGAUAUCCGAGUUUGAAAGGAAACUCUUCAACUCAAAACACUGCUUCAUUUAUUUAUUUAUUUAUUUAUUUAUUUAUUGACUUUGUUUUCUGGUUGGUUGCUUUACUUUAGCUUUUUAGAUUUUUUUUUUUUUAAUUUUUGUUUUUGCACGUUUUAGCUGCGUCCCGGAGGAGAAGCGGAUGCCAAGCGAGACGGCUCUUUAUCUAUUUUGCACAGAGAAACAAAAAAAAAAACAAACAAACAACAAAACAAACAAAAACAAACCGCGUCUAGCAAUAACGGUUUGCCGAUACCUUUUAAGUGAAUUUAUAGGUAACACUUGACUUUACAGAAGCUUUUUUUUUCUCACUGUAUCGAUCUGUAUCAACUCUGGAAACGCACAAAAACACUUGGAGCAUUUUGUGACGGUGUUGUUGUGGAUUUACAGACACACAGACAGGUGAAUACACUGACAGGAAGCCUCUGUGAAGCGGCGUUACUGCUUGUUUUUAUUAAGAUGAAGUGUCAAAGUGUGUGUGUACAGCGUUUGUUCAGUCUGCUUCGAUCUCAAUAUUUCGAACAACCUCUCUCUCUCUCUCUCUCUGUCUCUGUUGUCGUGGUCACCCGAGGGAUCUUUACUAAACGCUUUACUAGACUAAUUUAAAAAAGGGAAAAAGAAAAAAAAACAAUUUUACUGGCACCGUCUGGACUCUAUUUCUACUAGAUUCUAUUGAGAAUAGAUAACCAUAUAAACUAGGUAAAUACUUAAGACACUGCUGAACUCUGCUGCGAGGCGUAUUUCAGGUUGCAGUUGUGCUGAAGGGCUGUUUUCAGUAGCAAUAGACCCAGAGUGUGCCUGCUACAUAUGAACCCCAACACUCCAAGCCAUGCUUUGCCAUUGGUUGAUUGAUAGGCUAAUGUGCUUGAUUGAUUGAUUGAUUGAUUGAUUGACUGAUUGAUGGACUAUUUGAGUCUUUGAUUUCUUGACUGGCAGAUUGACUGAAUAUUUGAUUGGUUUAACACUUGGUUGGUUGGUUGAUUGAAUUGAUUCUUAUGCUUUUUGAUAUUGAACGAGGUUCACGUUCCCCCCUCUCCCAUCCCCCUUCGUCACUGAUGUGACUCUUCCUCAGAGGCCGUUAUGUUGAACAAACAGCACAGAGAGCUGAUUGGCUGGUUUAGUUCUCUAUUUCACUCUUUUAAAUGGUCAAAAAUCUCCAAUUAACUAACAUCUUGCGGGAAAACAAGUGCAUUUUAUCACUAGAAUGACGACAUUACGAUGCCAUGCUGUUCAUUCAUUCAUAAAUUGCAAAAUAUUAGAGAGUGCUGCCUUCAAGUGGAAGUAGUGAGAUGUUUUCAAGAUGGGAAACUGAGUACAGUAACAUAACAAAACCUUCACCUAACUGACUUUGCAACAACGCUGCUGUAAGACCAUGUUUGACAACAUUGUACUGUAUAUUGCCUUUUCAAAAGCCGUACAAGAUUUAAUGUUUCUCACACUAAGGAACAAGAAAACAGCACACAGUGAAAGUAAGUUAACUUCCACAGUGUGGUUAUAACUAGGCCUGGGUAUUGAACCUCAGUACUUUUUUGGUACCAACAGAUGUGUCCAUGACACAGAGUAUUGAAAACUGUGACGUACUAAAAGUUGACAUUGAACAUCUGGUCAGAUUUGUAACGUUGUUUACUGAUUUCAAGCAAAAUUUUGCCAAAUUUUUGGCUGUUUGUGUUUAAAUAUUGAACAUUUGAGAACUUUAUUAAAUCAAAGAAACAGUUUUGUAGAAAAGCACAUUUACUGUUUAUUCUUCAAAGUAACGUUUCAAAAAAUGUUUUGCUUUUGGUACCAAAACACAGGAAACACAGGUGCUGGCAUUAGUAGCCACAAAGUUCAAACAAUACCCAGCCCAAGUUACAACUCAUGAACUCAGAGCUUUCAGGAAAUAUCCAUUCAUGAACACUUGGUUUGUAUGGAUUCUUAAAACUUGACUCCAUUUGAAGGCACCAAAUUCUCCUCUGGACCUGUCAUGCAAAUGCAUUUAUAAAUUAUAUUUGAAUCAAUUACAUUUCUUGAAUACUGAUCCUCUAAAAAACAAUAGUUCACAACAUGGAUGUAUUACAAGAUCUGGAUGCUGGACUCCAAGAAGACGCCCAUUUUCUAGGCUCUGGAAAAGCUUAACAAAUAUCAAAACUCUAUGGUUUAAAUGUUUGUAAUACAAAGAGUAAUAUCUGAUUAUGUUUGCAGUUGGAGGUGUCCUGUCAACAGUUUUACAAAUGUUUGUUUUUGCAUGAAUCUAUGAAUAAAAUGCUUGUCGGGCUGCAGAUGUUUUGUUGCAGUACUGCAGUGGACCACCGUGGUAAAUUAGCAGCAAUGCUGACUCACUUUGCUGUAUCCAGCUCUCAUAAUACAUCCAUGGUUCACAGCACCAGUACUUAGGAACUGAAGUGGAAACGAUGCACAAAUGGCCCUCACAGUGUAACUCAGACUCCGGUUUGCACUGAGCACAAAAACACAGUCGAACAUCUCCUGUCAGUAUCAGGACCGUCAGCUGAUAGAAAGCUCAGAGUUUGUUCACUUGAAUCUGUGUGAAACAACACUGAAGCAACAACAGCAGCAGCUCUCUGUCCCUGAACUUCUCUCUGUUUUGACUGUACGAGACGAAAAAGACCUUUAAAAUAACCUCCAACAUGUUCUGAGCAGGAAAGGAAAACUUGAGAUGCAAAAGAUGGAGGGAAAAACCUUUUUCUGCCAUCAUCUUGUUAUCUGGUGCGUCACUUCCUCUCCUGCUCUAAUGAAAUAAUAAUAAUAAUAAAAACAAACGCUUAUUUGGAGGAAAACUGCAGUCUUUGCUCUGAGCUGUGGGUAAGUCCAUGUGGUGCUAACGAGGGGUUUGGAAGAGUCCAAAUUAAGAUCGGAGGGGGGUUGUUAAAACACAAACUCUGAGACUGAGAAUCUCCUUCCUGCCUUCUUUUCCCCGUUUCAAAACCAAAAGCUGCUUCGUCAUCUUCAAAUAGAUGUGUACCAACUCGGAGGAAAUGCACAGAAAAACAAGUGGUUUCAUUGUUCAUUAUUAUUACUAUUGUUACUAUUAACUGUGUGAUAAAUGCAAUACAACAGUUAUGUAAACCGGCAGUGAGUGAUGCUGUAUCUUAUUUACAGUGCGAGGAUAAUAAUGAUAAUAACGAUGAUGUUUUUAUUUUUUUUUUGUCGUCAUGGAUUUGGUUAUUUCCAGGCAUCCUCUCACUGCUUAAACCACCGUCGCCCCGUUUACACCGCAACUGGUUUCACAACGGUUGUCAAACUGGUUUCAUCGGGUCUCCAGCUUCAUAUCAGUCCUGCAGAAACCUCAUAUCUCGAGAAAGUUGCCUUUUUCAGUAACAGAGGGGAGAAUAAGUCGAAUAUUUCCCCCUUCUGACACCUCAUGAAACGUCACUGAUUCCUUCUAACGUCUUGUCUGCCGAAAAUGGGAAAACAAACAUCAAGUUGGAAGAAUAAAAAUCAUUGAAUUGGAGAUAAGAGGUUUCUUGACACCAGACUGCAGCCAGCAGUUUUAUUGUGUUUUUGCUGGAAAAAGUCGAGUAGAUACGCAUCACAGUUAAAGAGUGAAAAUCUUGUAAAUUCAAGGAUUUUAAACUUAAGAUGGAUCAGGAAACUGUGGAGGACAAAAGAGAGAAAACGUCCAAAAUUCUUAUAAAUACUAUAAAAUAGACAAAUAUACAUGGUCACAACAAUAUAAUAGUGAUUAAACCCCUCAAAGUCCAGUUUUGGGUGGUUUUCUCUUUGUCACAAAUUUGCUAAAAAUUCUUGGAUGUGUAAUUUUUCAUAUUUUAAAGUCUAUUUCGAAAUCAUCCAAAAAUGAGAGACGAACAACAAGUUACAAGGUUUCUCUGUGACCUCAGUGGUUAAACUCUCGCACUGCAACCGUUGGUGAAAACUCGCUGGUGAAACCUCGGUGUAAAGGAGGCGAAAGCCGUGCCUCAGUGACCCCACCCUGGUGUUUUAGAGACAAUAAUAAUUAUGAUGAUUAUAAUAUGAAUAUAUAUAUAAAUAUAUAUAUAUAUAUAUAUAUACUUUUUAGUACUUUGAGUUGAAAUACUUUUUAGUAUUUUGCAAAUACAUGUCUGUAUAUAAAACAAAAGCCUCCUGUAAUA